AGGCUUUAGCAAAAUUUUGGAACGAAAAUAUCCCUAUGGAAUUCGAGUACAUCCUGGAGAGGGCUUAUGCGGUAGCACAUUUGCCUCCAGACAAAGUUGGAGAAGGAUUUAUGCACAUCACUAGCCUUGUUGAUAAUGUAGCAAAUGGAAAUGGCGUUAAUCCAGCUAUACUACAAAAGCUGCAAGAUUUUGCAGCUUACCUAAGAAGAUAUUGGCUACCACUUGCUGAAGUAUUGUCAGUCUUCCAAAAACCCGUUAGGUCCAAUAAUACUUGUGAGAAUUUUCACUUGUAUGCAGCAAAGAAAAUGGAAAUACGUUCCAACGUUUAUAGAAUGUUAGACGGAAUGGGGGCUCAAAUGGAUAAGACAGCAGCGAAUUAUGAAAUGGCUGAACGAGGUCUUAUAGUAACAGUUCAGCGACCAGCGCGUCUCGUAGAAGCUGACUUGGCUAUACAGCGAACUGAAAAUGAAUUUCUAUUGGGGCGUUAUGAUGUGGAAGAGUAUCUAACGCACAUUGCUGGUUUGAGGCGUUAUCAUUUUGCAAGAGGUUGGUAAAAUUAUUAAUAGUAAUGUAGAUUAUAUAAAAUUUUAAGAACAAACAAAAAUACUUCCUAGUAGAAAUAUUGGCAAUAUCUGUACUUACAGAGAUUUGCUACUUAUAAUGAAUUGACUAGUUAUAGUAAAUUUCUGUAACUCAUAUGUUAAUUUAUUCCAUAAAAACAAUGGACUUUCUCAGCUUCAAAAUAUUGAUCGAUACAUUGUUUUA